AUGCCAGCUCCAAUGUUUAUGCGGGGUGCUGCCCCAUGGCGUAAUACACUUGCUUAUCUCGAAUCAGGGAAAAUUAUAUUUCGUCCAAUAGUACGCAUAUUUACUCUUAAUUAUACACUUGAUAAACCCGAUUCCGAUGGCUUACGUCGUUUCAUAUUUUGGCAUUUAGCACAGAUUCAAUAUAAAAAUCCAAAUGUUCAAUGUGUUCAAUUUAAAAAUACGACACCAACACCAUUUGUCUCAUUUUAUUUAUCUCGUUCAUCAUCUGAUGAUACUGAGAGUGAAGCAAAUUCAGAUAAUGAUUAUGAUAUUGUUCAUAUGGAUUGUUAUAAAAAGACAUCAAAUGAAAUUCACGAUUCAAUUCGACGUGUUAUGGGAAAAAGUGAAUUACAACAACGUAUUGAUUUAGAAUUAACAGCACGAUUAGAAAAUCCAGCAAAUUUUGGAAAAGAUUGUGCACAUUAUUGUAUGUGUCUAGUUUAUGGACAAAUGUCGUGUCCAGGAAGAAAAGUAUUACCAGAACAUCUUCGUGGAAAAUUUACAAGAUAUAAAAUUGAUGAACUUGACGAGAUGCGAAAGAAAAUUAGUGAUGAAGAAGCACUAAAAGAAUAUUGGAAAAGGCCAUUUUAG